CCUUCCGGUAGUAUCUACAGUACCUGAUUAUCCCAAGUAAUAAGAAAUGUGAUGGCUUUGCUUUAACCAGAAUGAUAUCUCAGAGGGAUAAGGGAGACCUCGCUCGAUUUUACACUGUAACCGACCCCAAAAAACACCAGAAAGGAUACACCGUUUACAAAGUCACAGCACGGAUAAUCUCCAGGAGGAACCCUGAAGAUGUCCAAGAGAUAACUGUAUGGAAAAGAUACAGCGAUUUCAGGAAACUGCACAAGGAGCUCUGGCAGAUUCACAAAAAUCUCUACAGGCAGUCGGAACUGUUUCCUCCCUUUGCUAAGGCCAAGGUGUUCGGCCGGUUUGAUGAUUCUGUAAUCGAAGAAAGGCGACAGUGUUCUGAAGAUCUGCUCCAGUUCUCUGCCAACAUCCCCGCUCUCUAUAACAGCCAACAGUUUGAAGAUUUUUUCAAGGGCGGAGAAGUACAUGAUGGAUCAGAGCUGAUUGGCCCUGCUGAGCCCUUCUCUGAUUUUCUUGCAGACAGUUUAUCUGACUGCAGUUCUGAAGUUCAGAAAGACCUAAUUGGCAUUGAUGAUUUGACAUUCACUAGCCAAUCUGAAUAUGGAGGGCUCUCAAGUGAAAGUGAUCUGAUAUCGUUGGUGGUGGACGAAGACUCCCUCACUGAACUCGACGAUGGAAUGGCUUCAGCCGGGAACUCGCCGAACAAGCUGCUGGGAGGUCUCGGCCCGUCCCCGGAGCCCACGUGGAGGAAGGACUCUGCUGGCCAGGAUCCCGAGGCAGCCAGGAACGGUGGUGCGGAGGGGGGAAGCCGAGGAACAUUUUUCCCCAGCCCCAGGGACCUAAGACCCAAACAGGGAAAGAAGGACUACCUGGAGAGGGCAGGAGAACAGAUCAAGAUGGCUGUGCAGAAGGAAACGGAACUGGAUUAUGAGGCCGCCUUCUCUUUCUACAGAACUGGUGUCGACCUGCUUCUCCAAGGAGUGCAAGGUGAGCCCAGCCCCACCCGGCGGGAAGCUGUGAAGAAGAAAACGGCAGAAUACCUGAUGCGUGCUGAACAAAUAUCCAGUCUGUAUCUGAAAGCGACGGGGGACAACGACUCCGUACAGUCUGAGCCUCCAGGGCUGCUAAGUUCAAGGCCCUCUUGGAACCUGAGGAGUCCUGCGGAGGAGCUGAAGGUCUUCAGGGUCCUUGGGGUGAUUGACAAGGUGCUGCUGGUUAUAGAUAAAAGGACACAGGAGACAUUCAUUUUGAAAGGUCUGAGGAAAAGUAGCGAGUGCGGCAGGAACAAAAAGACCAUCAUCCCCCGCUGUGUGCCCAACAUGGUGCGUCUGCACAAGUACAUCAUCUCUGAGGAUUCCAUUUUCCUUGUACUGCAGCACGCAGAAGGUGGAAAACUAUGGUCCUAUGUGAGCAAGUUCCUGAACAAAAGCCCGGAAGAAUGCUUUGACAUCCCUUUCAUUCAGAAGUCGCACAUUACAUCAGUUCACACAGAUGGACACUUCGUGUCUGGAACAGAGGAUGCAGGCAGUAGCAUUGAAUCCGGGGAACAGGGGAACAUCAAAACACUACAAGUCCUGCCUUUGAAGACCAGCCUCACCCCAAGUUCCCAAGAUGAUAGCAGCACUCAGGAUGAUGAUGGACAGGAUAGCUCUCGUGCACUGUUUGAUUCUGGUGCUACUUCCGAAGAAGAGUGCACCAACAGCUACUUGACCUUAUGCAAUGAGUAUGAGCAGGAGAAGAUUGAGCCUGGCUCCCUGACUGAGGAUCCUCUGUUGAAAGUGGAAGUUGAACAGACUGGGGCUUGUGAGGUAAUACCAUCAUCAAGACCACAUUCCCUGCUCAGCAAUGACAGCCUCUGUUCCCCCAUCACUACUCAGGAGCUGAAGUUCUUCACAGAAGAUGUCAGUUCUGAGGUCUUCAGUCCCUCCAAAACUGUAGAUUCUCUAGACCAGUCAAAAAAGAGCCCUAUGGAGUUCUUCAGGAUAGACAGCAAAGACAGUGCAAGUGAUGUCUUGGGUGUUGAGGUAGGUGACAAGGUCUCAGGGCUAAAGAUCGAGCCCCCCAAGCCUUUUCAAUCUGCCACAGUUGUAGAGACAUAUCCUUUAGACAAUGUGGCAGUCAAAGGAAGCAAAAUGGACUUUGCAGCCUUUGAUAGUGACAGAGGAUCCAAUGAGUCAGUCCCUGUUAUUUCUUUCAAAGAUGCAGUUGUUGAAGACACAGGUGAUGAAGGACGACCACCUGACCUUCUGGUAAACUUGCCUGGAAUUUCAGAUUCAUCCUCAGAUUCAUCUGUUUCGGUUCAUGUGGAAGAGACUAAAGGAUCCCCAAGGUUUGGAAAGCCAGAUGUUCUACAGCUCAAUAACAGCACAGGGCAAGACACCCUCUUCACUCAGUUUCUUGGGGAUGACCUCUUGGUGUCUAGAGGUGCCAUUUCAAAUACCUCAGCUGCCAGUCAUGAAAAGCACCUCCUUGAUCAAUUUAGCAGUGCACUACACAAAGACAGUUGUCUAGCUUUAAGUUUGGAAGUAGCUGAAAGUGACACAGUGCCUGAUGAGUCUGCAGAUUUCUCUCAGGAACUCUUUGCUCCAGAGUCUUUAAGUUUACAUGCAUCACAGAAAACAGAGACUCCAAAUAUGACCAAAAGUGAGUCUUCAGCAGAGGCAGAGCAGAGUUUACACAGAGUAGGUGUCUUGGGAGAGGCUGAAUCAAAUACCAAUGAGCAGGUUCUGCUUUUUGAACAGGACAGCCAAGAUGACAAGGAAGACAAAGAGAGCAAAGCUCAAUGUCUCGGUGAGGAAGAAGGGACAGAAGACAAAGAUAUUUCUCAGCUUUUCAAGGACUUAGAUGAACUUUUAGUCCUGGCGUCCCAAGCUCACAUCCCUGAAGUGUACAUUCAGCGCUGGGCGGUGGAGCUGGUUCUUGCCCUUGAGGCACUUCACCAAGAAGGAAUUGUGUGUCGUGAUUUGAACCCAAACAACAUCUUAUUGAAUGAUAGAGGACACAUUCAGCUAACAUAUUUCUGCAGGUGGACUGAGGUUGAAGACUCCUACGACAGCGAAGCAGUUGCCAGAAUGUACUGUGCCCCAGAAGUUGGAGGCAUUUGUGAAGAGACUGAAGCCUGUGACUGGUGGAGUUUGGGUGCCAUCCUGUUUGAGCUCCUCACUGGGAAGUCACUGUAUCAGUGCCAUCCUGCAGGAAUCAAUCGGCACACCUCCCUCAACAUGCCAGACUACGUAUCAGAGGAAGCCAAAUCCUUAGUACAGCAGCUUCUACAGUUCAACCCCGUUGAGAGGCUGGGUGCUGGAGUAGCUGGUGUGGAGGACAUUAAAUCACAUCCAUUCUUCUCUAAAGUGGACUGGACCAAGUAGACCAUUGACUUUCAAGCGCAUGGAUGGCACUGGUGUCCACCUCUUAUCUCUGGACAGUGGAACAGAAGAAUAAGACCCCGGCAUAGACACAGCUUUCAGGGGUAUGAGUGUCUUCUGCAUCAUCACCAAAAACUGAUAAGUUUGUAUUGAGUUUUUGUGCAGUUUAAGUUGCUUGCUGAAAUAGCGUCAGGUGCAACAUAGGUGUACUGAAUGUCUUGCACAAUUCACAGUACUGCAAAUAAAACUGUAUACAAUAAAAGGUGCAGCUUUUUUACUAAUUUUUUUAGAUGAAAAGCCAUAUGAAAUAUUUUAGCAGGUACACUAAUAUAAAGAUAACAACAAAAGCUAUUAAUGCUUCGCCAUUCAUUGUGGAUUAAGUAAUGUAUGAUUCAAGACUCAAUUAACUCAUUAGCUGCCACAAAUUUCCAGAAUACUGACCCUCACCCCAUCCCUCUUCCAGUCUGCAAAACCAAUAUGGCCACCAAUGUUUUAAAUUUUCACAAUCUCACUGAUUUAGCUAAAUGGUGAGAGUACUUGUUUUUUUAUUGCUUUAAUCACAUUUUUUUCAUAUAUUAAGCAAUUUUAGCAGGCUUCCAAUGUUUGUUUCUGCCUCUGUACUACAACUCUCAUACCUGUUUCAAGACCAGAUGUACUGUACUGUAGCGUAGUAGCUUAAAGUAUAGGCCAGUAUAUCUAAGCGCAAUGAAAUGGUUAUGAUAGAGCAAAACCAGUAAUUGGAUUAACACUUUAUACACUGAGUUUUGUUUCCAUCUAUUUCUUACAUAAGAUUAGAGAUCAUUUGUCAAUAAAAAGCCUUUUGAGUAACAAUGUUAUAAUAUAUUGAAUACUAACAAUAAGAUAAGGGAAGUUUAGUAUAAUUCAUAAAUAAAUGUUGAAUGGAUUAGUGUUACUCCUGCUACUCCCACACAUAAAUACAUUUAGAGUCACAACCAAGAGAACUUUACAUGUACAGAUAAUCAUUAUUCACAAUUGCUGUUUACAUAAUUUUACUAAAUUCUCAGUGAGAAAGUUAUCCCAUUUUUAUUUUAUCACAUUGCAGUACAUUUCAUGAAAUUAAAGUUUCGAACGUAUCCAAGUUGAAACUCCUGCAACAUUUUCAGGAUAAUGCAGAAGCAGAUCCCAUGCUUUCUCCCUUUCUUUUUGUGUUUUGUUGUUAAAAUGUACUAAUGACAUCGACACAUGAAAGCAGCUGCAGGACGUGACUUUAGGGGAAUUAGGGAUCCAGUACUUGGGGAUUUUAGGCUUAGCCACUAGAACCAUGGCUAUUCUGACUCCCAGAACAUUUUCAGUCUCCUUGCUGUCUAGGGGCUUCUAGCCAUUCAGAAAAGAAAUCCAGUCUGGACAAUUGCCUCAACAUAUUUAUUUGUUUCCGUGACAAUAGUUGUGAUUACAUCAGGGAAAAAAAUGGGGAAAAAAGCAUCUGUGCUACUCCAUACCUUUUGAGGACCUAAUGGAAUGUCAUCAUAGUCUCCCCUGCUGCUGCAAAGCACACUCUCCCUGCCUGUCAGUUCAUGCCACCCCCCAUAUUAUGUCUCUUUUCUGUUUGUUCGCCCACUCAUUUCAGUCACGUCAACAAAUGUGUUUUUUUAACUCCUUGUAUCACUGCUCUUUCUGUACAUUUUCAAACCCCUCUAGGUCCUCACUAACGAAUUUCUCUUCACUCUCGAUGUCCCAAUCAAACACUAGUUCUCCACCACCACUCUCCACACUUAUUAGCCUUUUUUUUCCUCUCAACUCACUCUUCACCUCUUUACACGGCAGUGUUAGCGUCUAACUAACUCAAAUAACUUUUAGUAAAAGGCAUAGUCUGUUGCCAUUAGGGAAUGCAAAAUGUAGAAACAAGCAUUUAAUUGCGUAUAAAACAUUAUUUUCCUUCAUAAAACCCUUCCAACAAUCAUUUUAUUGGGUAGAAAAUAUUUUCCUUAAGUAUUUCUGUUGACAAUAGCCAACCUUAACAUUCUGGAUCAUUAAUCGUUUGGGAAAAUACAGUAUAGUCACUGAGGGCAGUUAAUGAGUUAAGCUGCUCUUAUUGCAGACAGGGGUCAGAUUAAUUUUAAAUGCCUAAUUAAAAACUAUUUAUAUUUUUGACAUAUAAAUGAUCAAUGGACUACCUUAUAAUGAAGGAUUACAGACACUUAAAAUAUUUCUACCUUUUCCUGAUUCUUGCUUUUCCAUCUGUGUUGCACUGCUUUUUGAUUUUUCAUGUGAUGUUUUUCCUGUUAGCAGCCAGUUUUGGGGAAAUAUAAGACAUUUUCAACAGUAAUAAUCAACUCUUAACAAAGUCCCCAUAGCUUUGAGCAGCAACUCAAGUAAAGCUUACUUUAAUUUAGUUCAAUAUUUAUAAUAUCAUCUAUUGCAGUUCAGAUCAAGAGUACUAUUAGGUGGAACUAAAUGAAUUAGCAUUUUUUUCUUCAUAAACUGUGCUACAUAAACCCAGAGUCCUGGGUUGUCUCUAACACUUAUACCAGACAAACUGUUAAAACCUUCAUUUUCAUAUAAUGUUCUCAGUAUGAAAGCUCAGUAUAUAAUCUGUAUGAAAAUAUGGAAAGGCUGCCGGGGAACUCACUUAUAGAGUACAUCUUUGAGAAUUGAAAAACUAGAUGCAUUAAACUUGGGUGCAAUAUGUUCCUGUUUUCAAAUACUAUAAAUAUCAGUUACAGUAUGUUCCCUAACUUUUAGAUGCCUUCUGUUUAGAAGUGCUCACCUGAUAUUGUGCAGAAACCUCCACAUUCCUGUGCUAGAACUUUGAUACAAUUUGAUGAUGAAGACAACAUCUGCACAUCUGCAGGUGGAUUUUGCCAAGCUUCCCUUUUCUGUGCUGCAUGACCAGAUAGGACACUUUUUGCUUAGGACAUGUGGGGCCUUGCAGAACUAUUCAUAAGCUUACUACAAAGUCCCAUUUUGUGAUAUUACAAAUUGAUGCAUAUGAUUUUUAAAAAACGUAAUAUUUUCAAAACCUGAAUGCUCAAACUGAAAAUUUCUAACUAAACUAAACUAAA